AUGAUUUUUAAGGUUCUGGAUGCGGAAAAAGAUGUUGUGGAACAAGGAUUUCAUGAAGGUUCUUACGACUUGAUUGUUGCUUCCAAUGUCCUCCAUGCAACAGCCAGACUCGAUGACACUCUUCGAAACGCACGAAGACUUCUAAAGCCCGGUGGUUAUCUUCUAAUAGCUGAGGUAACUUGCGCUGAUGUGGUGCGAGUGCGCUUCCCUUUCUCGGCUCUGCCGGGCUGGUGGCGUGGGCACGACGACGGACGACCACUCACUGCAACUAUCAAUACUACAGAAUGGCAUCAACGACUUUGCCGAGCAGGGUUCUCUGGCAUUGAUACGGUUACCCCCGAGUUCGAGCCUCUAGCUUGGCCCUCUUUGAUUAUACUAUCUCAAGCUGUCGAUGAUAGAAUAUCGUUCUUACGCCAGCCUCUGUACCAUCAACCACCCACACUAGAUGCCUCGCCUGACAAGGGCAAUGGAAACAUACAGCAUCAGCUUGUGCUAGUUGGAGGGCAGACUAUGCAGUCUUGUAGUCUUUUAGGGCAAGUCAGCCGCAUUCUUGCCCCCUGGUUUGCAGGUGCAAGCAUAAACAGGGUCCGCUCUCUAGCAGACUUAAACGGCUCCGAUAUCAUUGGGCCAACAUCUACAGUCAUCAACUUUUCUGACUUGGAUAACCCUGCUCUGGAAAAUCUCACUGAGGAGUCCUUCGCCGGUCUCAAAAAGCUUGUCGAGCGACCGCAUUGCCUUUUGUGGAUCACCAGCGGUUGUCGGGAGCGCUCUCCGACAAUGAACAUGAGUGUCGGCUUGGGCCGUGUACUCAUUCACGAGAUUCCUGGGUUACGGUUGCAAUUUCUUGACGUGGACGCCCCUUAUAGCGCCGGAACGCCUCGCUUGAUCGCCGAAACAUUUCUUCGAUGGAGAGCACUUGCACAGUAUGAAUCUGAUGAAGGUGAAUCUUCUCCCUUGUUGUGGGGAAUUGAACACGAACUUGUACUGGAGAAAGAUGUUCUCAAGGCACCUCGUAUCACGUACGACACUGAUAUGAACUUGAGAUACAACGCAUCGCGAAAGCUGAUAACCCAUCCAACGGAUCUCAAAACCACCCCUGUCUAUCUACGGCGCUUUGAAUCAGUAUGGAAGUUUGAGAGGUCUCCAGUGCACUCCAAUCCAGCUGAUAAUUUGAGUUCAUUUGACAUCAUGUCUUCUUCCGCUGUGCCAUGCUAUGGCGGAUUUUACGUCGCACUUGGCAUGCAGCCUGACACCGAUUGUCCACAGAUCACGCUGUCUACUAUCAAUGGUUCUAGGCUUUUGAAAAGUGAGGUGGCAGCCAGCGCUCGUUUCGGCAUCGGCGGGGAAAAUUGGAAAGCGCUUCUAUCAGCUCUCAUUCUGGAUCUCCAGGCCCUAAGCAUCCUCGAUACUAUUUCCAACGGCACCACGCUCCUACUCCAUGAACCGAGCAGUGUCCUUGUUGAAUCAAUUCUUUCAAAGGUCAAAGACAGAAAUAUUAAGGUCGCAUACUCUACAACUGCAACUCGGAUUGAUUCUUCAGCUUUGAUUUCGAAAGCUUUAUUGGUCGCGAUUGGACCACAUUCUCCAACUCGUUUGAUUAAAUCUCAACUACCACCAUAUCGAUGUUGUCGUAGACUGCCGUCAAACGCAUGA